AUGUUUCACAGUAAUAAACUCAGUUUCCCUCCCCCGUACAGUAAGUCCUCCCCGUGCCCCGCCUGCCACAGUCUUUCCAGAAGCUCCUGCCCCUCCCAGCAUGAAGUCACCUCCACAAUCCUGAGGCCCAAACCGCUCAGCGCCUCCCAAACCAAAGAGGUCAUUGUGAGGAGUGUGGAGGAGCUGUCAGCAGCGUCCUCCUCAUCCUGCUGCGGUGAGGACAGAAACUAUAUUUACCUUUUAGAGGGUUUAUCUACUCCUCAUUCACACUCAGAGGAAGCUCCACCCUCGAUUGUUGGUCACUGUACACCCCCUCAGAGACUCAGAGGUUCGAGGAUCCUCUUCAGUGGUUAUUGAUUAAACAGAGGUUUGAUUCAUUUUUCCCACAAUGACUUCAUCCUCUGAGUUGGAUUUGCUUCUGUGUUUACCCUCCAGGGGGUUGUCGAGUUACAAAAUGAGUUCAGGAUUUUAUUCUAAAGUGUAGUAAUGUUUCAGUAGAAAAACAUGAAUGACUGCUGCAGGUGGACUGAGUGCCACUAGGGGGAGCUGUGGUACUGUUACACUAAAAUCAAACCAGCACAGACCCAUGAGGAUUUCUGUGACGCCUUUAGAGUCAGUUUUGUAAAAUAUAAAAAUCAAAAGAUUCAUUAAAGUGUAAAUGUUAAAGAAAUGAGUGAACUUCAUCGGAAAACUUGUCGAGGAGCUUCAUCCUGGAAAGUUUGACAUCAGUAUGACUCUGUACAGUAAAUGAAUGAAGGAUUAAAUGCAGAUUUCCGCCUGUAAACUUCAUAAAUAUUAUACUGAGAUUCCAAAAAUCAUAUUUUAAAGAGAAAGAAAUGAAAAUCUCUGAAAGGUUAACAAACUGUUAGUUGAUUCUCCCUGUUUUUAGUACUUUAAGAGUUUAAAUCAGUCGAAAAUUCAGCUUCUUCUUUGUAUUCAAGCCUUAGAUAUCAUGCCGUAUCCCAUAGCAACAGAUCCUCGCUGUCUGGACUGCAUCCAUCAAAUAUAGGCUUUAUUAAAGGAGACCUAAUACACACUUUCAACUUUCAUUACAUUAGUCUGGGACACCUGGAGAGACGCUUUGCAUGAUUCCAAACUUAGAAAAAAAAAAAACCUCCGCCUCAUUUUUUCUGCUUCUAGAGUUUGUGUUACUUUUUACACAACUUUGUAGCCAUGAAAUGACCCAAAACUUCUGCCUGUGAGGCCAGAGCUGGUGGAGUGAAUGGUUCCUAUUCAGAUACAUUAGCUGCUGUUUCCUGAAGGUCUUUAUGGACGGUUUCAAUAACAGUUGGUAUGCAAAUCCAGCUCGUUCUGAAGAGGAGACCACAGACAGUUUCAUUCAUCCUGUUACUUCCUUUUGCCUCCAGUCUUUUAGACAAACGUUCAUAUAUCAUGUUAUGAAACUUGUUGAGGUUAAGUGUUGACAUUCAACCUUGUAAAAUAGAUCAGUACGUAUGUAUAAGAAUAGGGAUCAGCAUGUAAACAAACAUCACCAGCAGCAGCUGUGAGCAGAAGACCAGCGAGACACAUCCACAAAGUACUUUAGUGGACUUUCACAUGAUUAAUAUUCAUUUCUUUGAGCCGGUGUUAAUACUUCAGCUUUUAAUAACUGUCUGUCUGUCUGUCUGUCUGUCUGCAGAGGAUGACGAUGGUGGUGAUGAUGAAACCCGUCUAAAGCAGACAAUGACUCACCGUCUGUCUGGGACUCUCAGAGAAAACACCUCCGUAUCUCCUCACUCCCCGGUUCUGCAGCCAUCAGGACUGGCUCAGCAACAGGCACCGCUCCCACUCCUUCACCUCAGGUUAGUUCACAGCGAUAAAGCUCAGUGAUUUAUCGUGUGUCAGUGGAUCAUAAACAGCUGAUUUUUUUUAUGUGGGUCAUAAAAACAGGAUUGUUUCUGCUGAUCACACACUGGUGAUUUUUGUGUUUUUCUCUCAGCUACUUUUCAGAAAAUCAAACCUGUCGAGGCGUGGAGAGGGGCUCGAACUACGGUGUGACUCUGGCUGUAGGGGACAAGACAUCAGAGGGUCUGGGUUUGAGCAGGAACACAGAGCGCCCCCUGCUGGCUUUGGGUGGAUGGCAGCAAGAGAUCUGUCAGGACUCGCAGGCUCUGAGGAGCUACACCGGUCUGCCACGUCCCCGCAACAAGUCCGACGGAUGUCUGUUACAACUUUUUUCUCGUAGAAUUACAACUUUGUUUUCCUAUUUUGGGAUUUUAGCCUCAGUUUGAAACAUCUGUUGUAUUUUUCAUCCCUCUGUCUCACAGGAGCAGUUCAGUGUCAGUGUGCACCUUGUAG